ACUCGGCCGAGCGCGCCAGCUCUGACCUGCAUCGCCGAUCCCCAUCAGCCAGCCACCAUGGUCAACGCGGACAGAGACCGGGCCUCCGAGCAACUCAACUCGUUCCAGGGCACGGCAGCCAAGGAGGGCGGUCCGAAGGUGCUGACCACCGCCCACGGCACGCCCAUCGGCAAGAAGACGGCCUCGGUGAGCGUGGGUCGCCGCGGCCCGCUCCUGCUGCAGGAUGUCGCCUUCGUCGACGAGAUGGCCCACUUCGACCGCGAGCGUAUCCCAGAGCGGGUGGUGCACGCCAAGGGAGCCGGCGCGUUCGGCUACCUUGAAAUCACGCACGACAUCACGCAGUACAGCUCUGCGGACGUCUUCAGCGAGGUGGGCAAGAAGACACCACUGGCGGUGCGCUUCUCGACGGUGGGCGGCGAGAGCGGCUCGGCCGACACGGUGCGCGACCCGCGCGGGUUCGCCGUUAAGAUCUACACCGAGCAGGGCAACUGGGACCUGGUCGGUAACAACACGCCGAUCUUCUUCAUCAACGACCCGAUCAUGUUCCCCAGCUUCAUCCACACGCAGAAGCGGAACCCGGCCACCCACCUGAAGGACCCGGACAUGUUCUGGGACUUUAUCACGCUCCGGCCCGAGACGAUGCACCAGGUGUCGUUCCUGUUCUCGGACCGCGGCAUCCCCGACGGCCACCGCCACAUGAACGGCUACGGCUCGCACGCCUUCAAGCUGGUCAACAAGGACGGCAUCGAGCACUGGGUCAAGUUCCAUUACAAGACAGAUCAGGGCAUCAAGAACCUGCCGGUGGAAAAGGCUGGGGCGCUGUCCGGCUCUGACCCGGACUACUCGAUCCGCGACCUCUACAACGCCAUCGAGGAGGGCAACUUCCCGUCCUGGACGCUCUCCAUCCAGGUCAUGAGCCAGGAUAAGGUCAAUAACUGCGGCUUCAACCCAUUCGACCUGACCAAGAUCUGGCCGCACUCCGAGUUCCCGCUGAUCCCGGUCGGCAAGAUGGUGCUUAACAAGAAUCCCAAGAACUACUUCGCCGAGGUGGAGCAGCUGGCCUUCUCGCCGGCCAACAUGCCGCCGGGCAUCGAGGCCAGCCCGGACAAGAUGCUGCAGGGUCGCCUCUUUUCAUACCCGGACACGCACCGGCACCGGCUGGGGCCCAACUACCUGCAAAUUCCGGUCAACUGCCCGUUCAAGACGCGCGUGCACAACUACCAGCGCGACGGGCCCAUGUGCACCACCGACAACCAGGCGGGCGCCCCCAACUACUUCCCCAACAGCUUCAGCGGGCCGCAGGAGUGCCCGAAGGCAAAGCAGGCCGAGAGCAAGCUGGUGGUUGAGGGUGAGGCGAACAGGUACGACGAGUUCGACAACGACACGUCCCAGGUGCGUGCCUUCUGGGAGAAGACGCUGAAGGAGGAGGAGCGCCAGCGCCUGGCCGACAACAUCGGUGGCCACGCCAGUGACACGCAGCCCUUCAUCCAGGCUCGCAUCGUGAAGAACUGGAGCAUGGUGUGCGAGGACUUUGGAGCCCGCAUUCGUGACGCCCUUCUCAAGCACAACACUCCCAAGAAGGCCGAGGAGCUGAAGGCGCUGCUGGCGUAAACUGACGAUGGCGGAGGAUGAGGCUAUGAAGAGAAAUAUGACUAUGAUGACGAACUUGAUGCUAACUCUCGCUUGCGGCGGGCGUAACAAAAUGCGGUGAUGGUAUCCACGAAGUACGUUAUCUGUUUAUCGUGUCAAAUCUGUAUGCCAAUUUUCCGUAUUCCUAAGGAGCUGGAGACGGUUAAAUGGGUCCUUUAAAAGUCGUUAUUUUUCGAAAAUAUAUACAAUGCCUGUUAUGCCA